AUGAGUUUUCUUGCAGAGCCUCAAGUACCGAAGAAAUCUCCGUCUGCUUCGCUCGAUAGAGAUGUUAAGCUAGCUGAUUUGUCAAAGGAGAAGACAUUGUCUUUUGUCAAAGCAUGGGAAGAUAGCGAAAAGAGCAAAGCAGAGAACAAAGCUGAGAAGAAGAUCUCUGAUGUUUUUGCUUGGGAAAACAGCAAGAAAGCAAAUGUCGAAGCUCAACUCAGGAAAAUUGAGGAGCAACUAGAGAAGAAGAAAGCGGAAUACGCAGAGAAAAUGAAGAACAAAGUUGCGGCGAUUCACAAGGAAGCAGAAGAGAGAAGAGCAAUGAUCGAAGCUAAACGCGGAGAAGACAUUCUUAAAGCAGAAGAAACAGCUGCUAAAUACAGAGCUACUGGAAUUGUCCCAAAGGCAACUUGUGGAUGUUUCUAA